CAUGGAUUGCCGAUGCCGAUCACUGAUGCUUCGAGAAGCUGCAUAAGUGCCUGUGGCCAAUAUGGUACAAGCCAGAUCAUAAACACAUGUGUCCUCGACUCACUCCUCUACGUCCUCCGUAACUGUCAUUCCAAAUACAUGGCAAUUCGAGAACUUUUCAGGUGUGAUCGUACAAUCAAUGCGAUUAUGAUCUUUCUACACAUGGCGAGGUACAAUGAGGCAAAGAUGCUCUGGUUAAUUCAACUGAACCUUGUUGAAUUCAGCAAGUGUAAGUUCACUAUGUGUGAGGAAGUUGACGUUUGGAGUGAGGUGGAGGAUCACUUGCCCAUGUUUAAUGAUCUGGCAUGUGCCAAGUACCAUUUUGAUGAAGACAGAGCAAGUCCUCAGAUCUCGGAUGAUCUAUACCAAAGCACACUAUGUGCAUUUCAAUGCUGCUGCGGUGAUGUCAAGAUUCUAGGGCUGAGCUACACAGACCCCCGCCUCGUACUGGUGAAUGUCAAUCAGCGUUUGGACAGAGCUCCCCAGCUUUACAUCACAGACAAAUACGGCAGAACGUUUGAGCUUCAGUUCUUGCUGCUGUGUAACAAGAGUGAGCUUGUAAGCCAUAUGACCGGGUGCAGCAAACGAGAGGAUAGAUGGGUCCUCUAUGACAAUAACCCAGAGAAGCCACCUUUUGAUGAUUUCGACAUUGAGAAUGCAGAUUUCAAAAGUCAAUAUAUCAUUCAUUUGGCUGGAUACGUCAACACAUCACAAGCUGGGGACAAAGAUGAAUACGUAAAAGAUGACGUGCCACUGGGAUUUCUUGAGGAUGGUUCUGAUUGUGGGACGAGGGCGUUUAGCAGCACUAUGAUGAGCCCCUCAGCUACCAGGCCAGUAAAACUAAAGAAGCUUUGAGUAUUUUGAUAAAUCUUAGCCU